CCCGAGCGGCGCGGUCCCGCCUGCCCGCUCGCGCCCGGGCGCUGGCGCCGGCGCCGCCAUGGGCAAGAAGCACAAGAAGCACAAGACCGAGUGGCGCUCUUCGUACGAGGAUUAUGCCGACAAGCCCCUGGAGAAGCCGUUGAAGCUGGUCCUUAAGGUUGGGGGCAGUGAAGUGACCGAACUCUCGGGAUCUGGCCACGAUUCCAGUUACUACGACGAUAGGUCAGACCAUGAGCGAGAGAGACACAAAGAGAAGAAGAAGAAGAAGAAGAAAAAGUCAGAGAAGGAGAAGCGACUUGAUGACGAAGAAAGAAGGAAGCGAAAGGAGGAAAAGAAGCGGAAGCGAGAGAAAGAACACUGUGACACAGAGGGGGAGGCUGACGACUUUGAUCCUGGGAAGAAGGUGGAGGUGGAGGCACCCCCUGAUCGGCCAGUGAGAGCCUGCCGGACCCAGCCAGCUGAGAACGAGAGCACGCCGAUUCAGCAGCUGCUGGAGCACUUCCUCCGGCAGCUCCAGAGAAAAGAUCCUCAUGGGUUUUUUGCUUUCCCUGUCACGGAUGCAAUUGCUCCUGGAUAUUCAAUGAUAAUAAAACACCCGAUGGACUUUGGCACAAUGAGAGACAAGAUCAUGGCUAACGAGUACAAGUCGGUCACAGAAUUCAAGGCAGAUUUCAAACUGAUGUGUGAUAAUGCAAUGACGUACAACAGACCAGAUACCGUGUACUACAAGCUGGCCAAGAAGAUCCUGCAUGCUGGCUUUAAGAUGAUGAGCAAGGAGCGGCUGCUAGCUCUGAGGCGCAGCAUGUCGUUCAUGCAGGACAUGGAUUUUUCUCAGCAGGCAGCUCUUCUGGGCAGCGAAGAGGCCGCUGUUGAGGAACCUGCUCCUGAGGUUGUACCCGUCCAAGUAGAAACAGCCAAGAGAGCCAGAAAGCCGAGUAGAGAGGUCAUGAGCUGCGUGUUCGAGCCUGAAGGGAACGCCUGCAGCCUCACGGACAGCACUGCGGAGGAGCACGUGCUGGCACUGGUGGAGCACGCAGCAGAUGAGGCUCGAGACCGGAUCAACCGCUUCCUCCCUGGUGGCAAGAUGGGCUACCUGAAGAAACUCUGUGAUGGAAGCCUGCUCUACAGCGUUGUCAACGCAGCUGAGCCCGAUGCCGAAGAGGAGGAGACGCACCCUGUGGACCUGAGCUCGCUCUCCAGUAAGCUGCUCCCGGGCUUCACCUCGCUGGGCUUCAAGGACGAGAGAAGAAACAGAGUCACGUUUCUGUCCAGUGCCAGCACUGCGCUCUCCAUGCAGAAUAACUCGGUGUUCGGAGACUUGAAAUCGGAUGAGACAGAGCUGCUGUAUUCGGCCUAUGGAGAUGAGACGGGCGUGCAGUGUGCACUGAGCCUGCAGGAGUUUGUGAAGGAUGCUGGGAGCUACAGCAAGAAAAUGGUGGACGACCUCCUGGACCAGAUCACAGGCGGGGACCACUCAAGGAUGCUGUUCCAGCUGAGGCAGAGGAGAAAUGUUCGCACGAAGCCUCCGGAUGAUGUGAAGGUUGGGGACACACUGGGAGAUGCCAGUGCCUCUACUUUGGACUUCACCUCCAUGCGACCCUGCCCCGAGGUCUCACUGGACAUCUCCGUGCUGGGUGCUCUGGGGAAAGUGAAGAAGGAGCUACACCAUGAUGAUGGCCACUUGAGCUUGGACGAGACAACCAAGCUCCUGCAGGACCUGCAUGAAGCGCAGGCAGAGCGUGGAGGCUCCAGACCCUCAUCUAACCUCAGUUCCCUUUCCAACGCCUCUGAGCGAGAUCCUCACCAUCUGGGAAGCCCGUCCCACCUGAGUGUCGGGGAGCAGCCGGAUGUGACCCACGACCCUUACGAAUUUCUUCAGUCUCCAGAACCUGCAGCCUCCACCAAGAACUAGCUCGUAGGUAGCCUUCCGUUGUUUCACUUUGUUGAGUUUUCAUUCGCGUGUACAGUUUCGUCGUGAGACAAAGACUUACUUUUCCCCCUUUGGCGUGCGGGAAACAGACCCAGGAGGUGAAGAACUGUCUGUGACAUCACUGGCAGCAGCGCAGCUCCUGGGCACCGGGCCCCAUCGCGUGGAUUUUGAAUAGUGGCUGCCAUAUACAAGGGCAUGUGGCUGGCUUGCCCCGAGCACCAGGGUCAGACGCGGGCAGGCUGUUGUCUCUGCCCGUGUCUGGUCAUGGCCCUGGGGAACAGACCAGAGUGUGUCUGUGCUUGUGCUGAGCCUCCUGUGUGUCCCAAGCCCACAUUUCCCAGGCAGUGGGGUCUCCAGAGGACAGCCUGAGGCGGGGCAGUCUCCUCAUUGCUGUUUGGUGUGUGAGUGGACACAGUGAGCCUGGGACAGAGAAGAAUCCAGUGUCCGUGAAGCACAUUGUGACUGGGUGUCUACUGGAUGCCUGCUGACCUCUGCGAAGUGCUGUAAAUACAGAUCUUAAUAAAGAGACAUGCAAAGAGCCUAC